UGGGGCGAGGUUUUUGUUUAGGGCUUGUGGGUGGGUGAGGACGAUGUCGGGCAUGGGCGAUGGCUACGUCGGGACGGCGCAGGACGCCGCUCGCAUCCGGCGCCUGGAGAAGCAGCGCGAAGUGGAACGGAAGCGCAUCCAAGACCUCAAGAAGAAGUCGGCUGAAGGGCAGGGUGGGCUUCUGCAGUUCGGCUCCGGGACAUCAGAGAUUCUGGAGAGCGCCUUCAAGAAAGAGACUGUUGGGCUUGUCACCAGGGAGCAGUUCGUGGAAAAGAGGGUCAACUUGCGCACCAAGAUAGAGGAGGAGGAGAAAGAGAAGCUGCAGAAGCUUGCUCAAGAGGAAGAGGAACGUCAGCUCCAGAAGAGGAAAAAGAGACGAGCGAAAGGCCCUUCCCGCCUGUCGUUUGCGGACGAAGUCGAUGGUGACACCGAUGAAGACGAAAACGGCAGCGCUGAUGAACGGAAAAAGAAGAAGCUGGGCAAGUUCGGCAAGAAUCCGUCCGUGGAGACAAGUUUCUUACCUGACAGGGAGCGUGAGGCGGAUGAGCAAGCAGAACGCGAACGCCUUCGCAAGCAGUGGAUCCAAGAGCAGACACGCAUCAAAAAUGAGCCGCUAGAAAUAACAUACAGCUACUGGGACGGAGCGGGGCACAGGCGAGUCAUUCAAGUGCGAAAGGGCGAUACAAUUGCUGAAUUCCUACGGGCUGUCCAGCAGCAAUUGGCGUCUGAGUUCCGUGAGAUCCGAACUGCAUCUGUUGAGAACCUGCUCUACGUGAAAGAAGAUCUGAUCAUACCUCAUCAACACAGCUUCUAUGAGCUCAUCACCAACAAGGCCAGAGGAAAGAGCGGCCCGCUCUUUCAUUUUGAUGUUCACGAGGACAUACGCACAAUCGCUGACGCCACAAUUGAGAAGGACGAGUCCCACGCUGGUAAGGUUGUGGAGCGGCAUUGGUAUGAGAAGAACAAGCACAUAUUUCCUGCCUCGAGGUGGGAGAUCUAUGAUCCCACAAAGAAGUGGGAGCGCUACACCAUUCACGGAGACUAGGAUUGGUUUUGUUUGAGACUUUGAAAAAACAAUUUAUAGUUGUUGCCCUA